GGUUAAUUUGACUACCAAUUUAGAUAUUUUACCUGGCAGUCAUCGCUGCUUUUCCCUUCUUCACAGAAACUCACAGGAGCCAAACCCGGAAGGUAGAAGCAGUAGCAACAGUGAAAUACUACUGUCCAGUUUCAGUGCUCAGAACUGUGGACUUCAUUUCCCGUCGGCACCAUCGUUCAUUCCUUGCCUUUUGAACAAACUACCCUACUGUACAGUCGUCACUGUCGAGUGGUUUUUAAGAAUUUUAUACAGACGAAAUCAUGGCAGAGGCAGACCGUCCAGGAAAACUCUUCAUUGGUGGCCUGAACACUGAAACGAAUGAGAAAGCCCUUGAACAGUAUUUCGGGAAGUAUGGCAGAAUUGUAGAAGUGCUGUUGAUGAAAGACCGAGAGACGAACAAAUCAAGGGGGUUUGCGUUCAUAACAUUUGAGAGCCCUGCUGAUGCAAAGGAUGCAGUGAGAGAAAUGCACGGAAAGUCCCUUGAUGGCAAACCAAUCAAAGUGGAACAAGCAACAAAGCCCCAGUUUGAGUCGGGGGGGCGAAGAGGCCCUCCCAUGUACCCUGGGUCACGGGGCUCACUCAGAGGUGGUCUUCGAGGAUCCAGAGGAGCACCUGGUGGAAUGAGAGGUCCACCACCCAGAGAGCCUUUUUUCAAAGGGAUGUCACCCAGAGGCCCACCCUUGAAGAGAGGACCCCCAAUUCGGAAUGGAGGGCCCCCGCCCAAGAGACCAGCACCUUCAGGACCGAUGGGCAGGCCUCCCAUGUCCCGUGAGAGAGAUCCGUACGGACCACCUCCUCCUCGUAGAGAGAGCAUGAUGUCAAGGAGGGAUGACUACCCUUCUCCACGAGAUGACCAUUAUAGCAGUAAAGACAGUUAUUCCAGCCGGGACUACAUGAGUUCUAGGGACACCAGAGACUAUGCUCCCCCCCCCAGAGACUACGCAUACCGCGACUAUCCACACUCUAGUUCCCGUGAUGAGUAUGGUGCCAUGUCACGCAGCUACAGCGACCGGGAUGGCUACGGUGGAAGUCGGGAGCCAAGGGGCUACAUUGACCGGCCCAGCACUGGCUCUUACCGAGAUCCCUAUGACGGUUACGGUAACUCGCGCAGCACCCUGCCCUCAAGGGGCCCCCCACCAUCUUACAGUGGAAGUGGCGGAAGCAGUCGCUAUGACGACUAUGGCAGCAGUUCCCGGGAUGGGUACGGCAGCCGCGACAGUUACGCCAGCAGUCGCAGUGACCCUUACUCCAGUAGCCGCGGCGAGCGAAUGGGCAGACAGGAGCGGGGGCCCGCGCCCCCGAUCGAUAGAGGCUACCCCCCGCGCGAUUCGUACAGCAGCUCCAGCCGCGGGGCGCCCCGGGGAGGCGGACGCGGAGGCAGCCGGGUGGAUAGGGGAAUGGCCCGGAGCAGAUACUGAAACGGAGGAAGCUUAACCAAUGAGAGGAUCACAAACCGUGCAUAAGCAAUCUUCUUAACAUGGAAAUGAAGAUGGAAUGUCUAAAAGGGGAUUGAAAUCCAUGGACAAAAACAAAAAACACUGUUGCACCUUCUUUCUCCUUAAAACCGUCAAUGUUUCUAAGAAGUCAAGUGUAACGUUUUGUAUAUCUCCCCCUAAACACCUCUGCAUCAAGUACUGUAGCAGUUUUAAAUAAUAGGUGUAAUUUUGUUCUAGUGUUUCACUUGCAGCAGUUCCUUGGAAAUUACAUGCCUUUUCAUUCACUAAUAAAGUUUCAGUAAUCAACAA